CUGAGGCUGCGGCCGCACUGCCAUCCAGGGGUCGUCGUCGUCCCUCCCCUCUCAGCCUCUCUCCCUCUCGGACUCGUCGCGGCAUAAACAAACCAAAGCAAAGCAAAGCAAAGGCAAAACCCCACCUCCUCCACACCGCACCUCACCUCGUCGUCUGCUUUUCCUCGGUGCGGCACAAGCCCCUGUCUCGUCGCCUCCAUUACCGGGCUGUGCGCGCGAGCGUGGUGGCUGUCUGGCUUGCGGCGGCGGUGAUGGUGGAGAUGGACGGAGGCGUGGGAGUAGUAGGAGGAGGGCAGCAGACGCCGGCCCCGCGACGGUGGCGCCUGGCGGACGAGCUGCGGUGCGACCUGCGCGCCAUGGAGACGGACUACGUGCGUCGGUUCCACCGGCACGAGCCCCGCGACCACCAGUGCUCCUCCGCCGUCGCCAAGCACAUCAAGGCGCCCGUCCACCUCGUCUGGUCUCUAGUGAGGCGGUUUGAUCAACCACAGCUUUUCAAGCCCUUUGUGAGCCGGUGUGAAAUGAAGGGGAACAUUGAGAUUGGUAGUGUCAGGGAGGUCAAUGUCAAGUCUGGGCUGCCAGCCACAAGAAGCACAGAGAGGCUGGAGCUGUUAGAUGACAACGAGCACAUACUCAGCGUCAAGUUUGUUGGAGGUGAUCACAGGCUGCAGAACUACUCCUCCAUCCUCACCGUCCACCCCGAGGUCAUCGACGGCCGGCCGGGGACGCUCGUGAUCGAGUCCUUCGUGGUGGACGUCCCCGACGGCAACACCAAGGACGAGACCUGCUACUUCGUCGAGGCCCUGCUCAAGUGCAACCUCAAGUCGCUCGCGGAGGUGUCCGAGCGCCAGGUCAUCAAGGAUCAAACGGAGCCCCUUGACCGGUGAUGGGACAUUAUAUAUAUAGGUCGAUCGAUCUGUUCGGAUCAUUGCAUUGCAUUGCAUUCCUUAGAAUGUGCAGAGCUAUUCUCCAAUGGAGCCCCUAGGUUCCAGCUGGAAAUUUGCAUGGAAAAUGAGUUUUGAGGAACUGCCACUGCUAUGCCAAGUUCAGAGUUAAGUCUUUUCCUCCUUGCGAUUGUGUUUUCUGUUCUUCUCCGGCGUUGUAUGCCUCCGAAGGAGGAGGACAGAAUAUGAUGUGCUAUUGUAGUGAUGAAAAUUGGAAGAAAAAAAAUUAAAACUGUGAGGCCCUGAACAUCUUCUUUCUCAGAUCAAUAUGUGGAGUGGAGGGUUAAUUUCUCUGUAAUUAGAUUCGCUCUAGAUUGCUCCAUCUUGAUUUCUUUCUUUCUUGUGUCUUUGUCUGUGUGUGUUGUGUAAAUACAAUGCCCCUAGUGUGUAAUUAAUCCCCUAGAGGGUCUUGCAUGAGUUCA